AUGUUGGUUCGGCUCGACGAAGCCAAACAAUUGGGCUCUGUCCUCUUUCACAUCACACUCUGGAUUAUCCUUCCAUUGGUGUCCGUAUGGCUUCCCAUUUACUUGUUUUGCACUCGGUUCUGGUGGAUCAUUGCGAUGUAUUGCGUAUGGUAUGUCUACGACUUCAAUACACCCGCGCAUGGAUCAAGGAACUUUGUAAGUCCUCUUUCUUUUGAGGUCUCCUUUAGGUCUACGUAGAGCUUCAGAAAAUUUCUGGCAUUUUUAGAAAGCCUUCAGAGAAUCUCGGAUUUGGAAUCGUUUUGCCGAAUAUUUCCCGAUUUCUUUGGUGAAGACCGCUGAGUUACCUCCAAACAAGAACUAUAUUUUAGGGUAAGUUUUUUUCUUAUUUCUCGUGCCCGUUUUUAGUUGAACCCUCCAUCUUUUUUGCAACAAACUUGAAAACUAAAUUGUAGAUGCCAUCCACACGGUGUUUUGAGUGUCGGAGCCUUCACUCACCUCUGUACGAAUGGAACUGGAUUCAAGGAGAAGUUCCCUGGGCUCAAAAGCAACAUUCUGACGUUGAGUGGUCAAUUCUACUUCCCGUUUCGCCGAGAAUUUGGCAUUCUUUUGGGUAUGUACCUACUUUUAUUUUUGUUUUCAUUUUUAGGUGGCUGCGAAAGCUCGAAGAGAAGUCUUGAGUAUCUGCUGACCUCUGAAACCAAAGGAAGAUGCAUUGGAAUUGUUGUUGGCGGAGCCGAGGAGGCGUUGGACGCUCAUGACGGGAAGCAUUAUCUGAAUUUGAAUAAUCGUCGGGGAUUUUGUAAAUACGCUCUGAAAUACGGUGCAGAUCUGGUCCCUUCUUAUUCCUUUGGCGAGAACGACAUCUUCAAGCAAUCGGAUAAUGAUAGAGGCACCAAUUUGAGACAACUUCAGGUAUGUUUUAAAUUAUUUUUUUAAUGCUUGAAGGUAAAAUAUUCUAUUCAUUGGUUUAAUGUUUAGAGUCUGAUCAAGAAGGUUUGUGGUUUCUGUCCACCUCUCUUCCAUGGCCGAGGAAUUAUCUAUCGUUCGUUUGGUAUUCUCCCAUUUCGACGUCCAAUCAAGACAGUUGUUGGAGCCCCAAUUCAUGUGGAUCGAGUGGAGAAUCCAACCAGGGAACAGGUGGAUGAACUUCAUCAAAAGUACGUCGAUGAGCUUGUAAAACUUUUCAAUCAACACAAAUUUGAUUGUGGAUUGACGGAGAACGACCAGAUUGUGAUUCACUAG